CCGAGGGGCCGCCGGCCAUGCUCAGCAGACACCAGGCAGGGGAAAUAAGCUGUGCUCAGCAGUGACGGACUUGGAGUCGCGGACCUCCGUCACCCAGCCCUCUCCUGAAGCCGUUUCCAAGCUUUGCAGGGACUGGCUGGAGCGGCUGCUUCACGUGGCAGACACUGACGACACCCGCAAGGAGCCCCGGUCGGCCAGGGGUGCAGGCAGGGCCGAGGGAGGGUUCUUCGCAUCCCCCCAGCCCUGCGUCUCGCCAUGGAGCAGGUCAGCAGCUUUUUCCACGCCAUCUGGACGUUCAUCCACUCCAAGCACCAGGAGGGCGUCUACAACACGGUCUGCCUGGCUGUGCUGAUGGCGCUGCCAGCCCUCGUCCUCCUGGCCAGUCUGUUCGUCUGCUGCCACUGCUGCUUCUGCGGCCGGCGGCAAAGGGACGGUCGGGGCUCCCGCAGGAGCAGCAGCAGCAGCCCCUCCCAGUGGAAGAAGCGGGGCAGGAUGCUGAGGAAGAAGAAGGAAGAGGACCUCUGGAUCUCCGCGCAGCCCAAAAUGUUCCUGCUGGAAAAGAGGCCGUCGCUGCUGGCCUAGGAGAAGGGGGCGGACGAGAGACGUUCCUGCUCCCCGUGAGGGUUUCGCGGCACUUUGGGCACGCGGUUGGCAAACUGGACUGUCUCCCUGGUCAGGGUGAUGCGCGGCUUUUCUUAGAAAACAAAGCUUUGGGGAGGAAUGUCCUGAGAUGUUGUGGAAAGUCCCCUUGUGGGGGGCGUGCAUUUGUAAGCACACUGCUAACUGCACCCGGGUGGGAGGCGCUGUUGCCCCUGCCAGGAGCAUGCGAGUCCCCAUGCACCCGAGAACAGACUCGCGCGUGCCCGCCAGCACAUCUGCGGCAUCUGCGGCCUUGGACUAAACGUUCGUGUCUGCAUCCUUCAGCCCAACUAACCAAUCUCGCACUGACAGCAAGAUGUGCACUAGCCAGCAGCGCCUGCUGCACGCCCAUGUUUGUGUCACAUGCACUGCCUUAGAGGCCCACGCGUGGGAGCACACAGCAGCCAGGCGAGCUCAGCCGAGCUUCCAAUGUGCAGGGCUGCCGGCACAGCUGCCGACUGAGCGGGCAAGCAGUCCUUCUGGCUGCUCGCUUGAUCCCGGAGACAAUGCUGCUCUACCCUCCCCAGUAGCCCCGCGCCUUUUGGUUUCAUUCCCUGAUUGAAAGCGGCGUCUCUUUCAUCCUUCUAAGCUCCUUUUUUGUUUGCUCUGACAACCAAUUCUCUCCCGAAAGCAGCAUACAGCAGUGCAAAACCUGUCCUGCACCUGUCUCUGAUUCCCUGGUAUUCUUGGCACACCCAUUUACUUAGGAGCAAGUUCCCCUAGAAUCAUAGAAGAGCAGAGUCAGAAGGGGCCAUGAAGGCCAUCUAGUCCCACCCCUGCUGCUGCAGGACACCAAGUCACACUACCCCACUCAGGUGGCUGCCCAGUUUCUUUCUGAACAG